AUGUCUGCCAAUAUCGAGGAUGAUGAGGCUCCGCCAGAUCUAGUCGAUGUGUCGGCAAUGCCCGCCGAUCAGACAGAUUCUAUAGAGGAGGAGCCAACAGCUCGGGUUCCUAUCACGCUGGUAACAGGUUAUCUGGGUGCGGGGAAGACCACCUUGUUGAACUAUAUCUUGACCGAGAAGCACGGCAAAAAGAUCGCUGUCAUCAUGAAUGAAUUCGGUGAUUCAACCGACAUCGAAAAACCUUUGACCGUCAACGAAGGCGGCCAAGAAGUCACCGAGUGGAUGGAAGUGGGCAAUGGUUGCAUCUGCUGCUCAGUCAAAGAUACUGGCGUCAUGGCCCUCGAAUCUCUCAUGGAGCGCAAAGGGACUUUCGACUACAUCCUCCUUGAGACAACAGGUCUUGCCGACCCGGGCAAUAUCGCUCCAAUGGCAUCGUUACACUCGUCGACGCAAAAAAACAUCCUGCACCUGCUGGACGAACCAACGCCGGAGCAAAAAGCAGAGGCACAUAACGCUGAUCACGACCACGGCUCUGGCCCUGUGCUAUCCAUGGCGCAUAUGCAGAUUUCCCACGCUGAUGUGAUUAUCCUUAACAAGACGGAUUUGGUGACACCACAAGAGCUAGAGGCCGUUAAGGACCGCGUUACGGCCAUCAAUAGUGUGGCCAAGAUCAAUGUGACAGAUCAUAGUCGGACACCCCAGAUUGAGGGGGUGGUAUUGGAUCUACAUGCAUAUGAUCACCUCGCAGACUUGGAUUUCAGUAAGAAGGGACAUAGUCAUAUGGACCCGGCAAUUUCUACAGUAGCUAUCACCACGUCACCGAUUACUGCCGACAAGGUCAUACGGGUGGAUGAGUGGCUACGCUCUGUUCUUUGGGAGUCAAUUUACCCAGUACCCGCUAAUUCCAACCCUGAAACUGCCCCUGCUAGCUUUGAGAUUCAUCGAUUGAAGGGUAUUCUUGUUCUUGAGGAUGGCUCCACUCGGAUUAUCCAAGCCGUGCGGGAUGUCUUUGAGAUUAGGGAUACAGAGCCCGCUAAGGAUGAUGGCAGCAGGCCAGUUCAGUGCAAGAUUGUGCUCAUUGGUAGAGGUCUGGGCUCAAGCGCUGACCCAUGGAAGGCAAGCUUUGAGUCCUACGUCCGGGAAAGCUGA